AUGUCGGUCCCCGAAUCCACAUACUUGAGCGCCGUAUGGCGAGACAACAUCUUCAAGGACAAGGUCAUCUUCGUCACCGGCGGCGCAGGCUCCAUCUGCAGCAUGCAGACCAGAGCAAUGGUCCGACUCGGAGCCAACGCCUGUAUCCUCGGCCGAAACGCCGGCAAGACGGAGGCCGCGGCCAAGGACAUUGCAACAGCUCGGCCGGGCGCAAAGGUCAUUGGCAUUGGAGAAUGCGACGUCCGCAAGAUUGAGAGUCUUGAGGCUGCGGCCGCGCGAUGCGUCAAGGAGCUUGGAGGCAUUGACUUUGUAAUUGCUGGUGCGGCGGGCAACUUUGUCGCCUCCAUCGACAAAAUCAGCUCCAACGCCUUCAAGACCGUCAUGGACAUUGACGUGAUCGGCACCUACAACACCAUCAAGGCCACGAUCCCGCAUCUCCUCAAGAGCUCGACCCCCCGCAUCAUCGCCGUCUCCGCCACCUUCCACUACACCGGCAUGCCCUUCCAGUCGCACGUCUCCGCCGCCAAAGCCGCCGUGGACUCACUCAUCGCCAACGUCGCGCUCGAGUACGGCCCCCGUGGCGUGGUCGCCAACGUCAUCGCUCCCGGCCCCAUCGCCGGCACCGAGGGCAUGGCCCGCCUGGCGAGCAGCAGGCCCGAGGAGAUUGCAAAGUUUGCAAAGACGAUCCCCUCUGGACGAUACGGCACAGUCAGGGACAUUGCGGAUGCGACCGUGUUCCUCUUCAGCGACGCCUCCGGCUACAUCAACGGCCAGAUCAUCCCCGUGGACGGUGCUUCGUGGAGGAGGCAGGGGGCCUAUACGGUUGGUGUGGAUGCAGGCGUUGAAUACCCCGACUUUCUCAACACGGAACAGAUCUCCGAGGGCCUCAAGGGAGGAAAAAGGGACAAGUCUAAGCUUUGA